UUCGUUGCGUUACAGCAGGCCACGCCCACGCGCCGUUGCAGUAGUGACUGUUGGCGUGGCUUUAGAGUGACGCUCACUUGUUGCUUCUCUCGAUGAGGUGAAACUUUUCCAGAGAAACAUUCACGGGCCUUUGGUUUUGACACAUUGAAACUUCUCGCUGGGCAGGACAACUCGCGCCUCCUGUUGACUUUUCAGUCCUAACUGAGACGGGUUGGGUUUUCACAGAAAUGUCUCUGGCAGAGCAAAGCCAGCAGUGGUUUCCCAGCAGCGUGCAGGUAACGGUGCUCCAGGCGAGGGGUUUGCGGAUCAAAGGGAAGAAUGGCACUAACGACGCGUACGCCAUCAUGCAGGUAGCCAAGGAUAAGUUCUCCACCUCGGUGGCGGAGAAGAGCGUCGCGCCGGUGUGGAAAGAGGAGGCCGCGUUCGACCUGCCGCUCUUUCACCUCAGUAACGCGGAGCGCUGCACCCUACAGGUGUGUGUGAUGCACCGGGCUCUGAUGGGACCCGAUAAAAUGCUCGGACAGGCGACCAUCAACCUCCUGGAACUCCAAGACAAUAAAUCCCGUAAUAAAACAGAAUGGUUUAAAUUGAUGGGCAAGACGGGAAAGGCUGACAAAGACAGGGGUGAGGUGCUCAUAGACAUUCAGUUUAUGAAGAACAACAUGACGGCCAGCAUGUACGACCUCUCCGGGCAGGACAAGUCACGCUCACGGCUCGGGAAGCUUAAAGAUAAGCUGAAAGGGAAAAAGAAAGAUGGGAUGUCAGAUUCUGCUUCCGCCAUUGUGCCUUCAGUACUGACUGACAGCGAGGGUGAAGAAGAACCUGACUCUACACCUGGAGCCAAAAAGAAGAAUAAACUCAAAUCCCUUUUCAAACCCAAGCCGGGUUUGCACCGUAACAUUUCCCAGUCCAUGUCCACGCUCACCACCCUGCCUGAAAAAGACUCGGCCAUCAGUCUGAGCAGAUCGUCUGGCCUAAAUGUAGAGUCUCCUGAAGGCAAAAAGAAAUUUAAAUUUCUGAAGCACAAGCGGACUGAAAGCUCUGACAAUAAGGUUUCCCAGGGCACCGGCUCUCUUGGACUGGGCAUGGUGCAGAGCAACGUGUGCGUCAACGGCAGUCACGUCUACACAGAAGAACCAGAGAGUAGAGGAUCCAGGGCUGGUUCCACCUUCAGCCUGAACAGCUCAGGCCACGGAUCCAUGGAGGACCUGCGCAGAGGUCAUGACAGGAAAACUUCCAGCACCUCAAUGGACUCUCUUAAAACCUCUGACCUACAAACUCAAGAGAAUGCAGUGGAAGAGAUGCGCAGAAGACAAGAGGAACAGAGGAAACGGGAAGAGGAAGUCAGGAAAAGACUAGAGGAGGAACGGAAACGGGCUGAAGAGGAAGAGAGGAAGGAAGAGGAGAGGAAAUGGUUGGAAAGAGAGGAAGAGGAGAGGAAAAGGAUUGAGAGAGAGGAAGAAAGGGAAGAGGAGAGGAAGCAGAUGGAGAGAGAAGAAGAGAAGAGGAAGCUAGAGAAACAGGAAGAGGAAAGGAGAAGAAUUGAGGUAGAGAAGAGAGAAAGAAAAAGGAUUGAGCAGGAGGAAAUGAUCAGAUUAAAGAAGGAACAGGAAAGAAGGAAAGCUGAGGAGGAGAAAAGGAAGAGAAUGGAGGAAGAGGAAAAGGCUAGGAAGGAAGAAAAUAAAUGGAGGAGAAUGGAGGAAGAGGAGAGAACGAGACUUGAGAAUGAAAUGUUGCGGAGAGAAGAAGAGACAAAAAUGGAAAGAAGACGUGCUGAAGAAGAGGAAAGACUACAAAAGGAAAAAGAAAAGGUAGAAGCAGAGGAAAAGAGGAAAAGGAUAGAGGAAGAAGAGAGAAGACUGUCUGAGCAGAAAGAGAGAAAAGGGCAAGAAAGGUUACGUUUGGAAAAAGAGACGAUGGGGCUUGAGAACAAGAAAAUGGAAGAAAGGAUGAGAGAGGAGCAGGUGCGAGAAAAGGCUGAGGAAGAGGAGAAGAGGAAGCUGAAAGAGAAAGCAGACCAGGAGAGAAUCAGGCAAGAGAAAGUAGAAAUGGAGAGACAGAAGAAAGAGGAAGAACAGCGGCCUGAGGUGAAACCCAGGAGUGCUCGACUGAAUACGAGUAAAAAAGGACCUGACGAGAUUAACUCGGACUACAUCCCAUCUGCCAGUCCCUUUGAAGACCUUCUCUCAUUCGAUGAGAGCUCCACCAAUCCCACCGUUUCUCAACCUGAAGCCCUCAGUCGGUCCACCAAAGUCUCUGCAGUCAAGCCAAGUUCUUCUGUUUCUGGAAUCUUCUUUUCGCAAGCAUCUAUGCCAAACACCAAUCCGUUCUUAGAUGACUCUGAUGUUGAUAGUGGAAACACUGAGAAAGUUGUCCAUCUCGGAGACACCGCAGAAAGGUCAGAUAAGAAACGACAUGCACCAAUGCCUACCCAGAACAAGAUGCAGAUGGGAAAAACAGACAUCCCUCCAAGAGCACCAGCAAUUCCUGAAGGCACACAAGCUUUUCCAUCUAGAGCAUCUGAGGACGAUGGAGACACUGAUUCCUGCAGUUUACGAUGGGACAAACGUUCCGCACCUUUACCACCAAAGAACAAGCAAGAAGUGCAAAACGAACAUGCAGACCAAUCUACCACACCUCUUCAUACCGGAGAAUGGAGAACUACUAGAUUACAGGAAAAAGACCAGACUAAUAAAGUGUGGCCAGUUUUGCAAGAUGAGUCAAGGACCUCUGAUGCAGUCAAUUUUGGGAACACCAGUUUAUCAAAUCUUAGCCAGGGUCAUCCCAGUAACAGACAAGAAACCAACCCUUUUAUAUCUAUCGAGGUCAAAACAACUAAACACAGCAAGGGUCCCGCUCCAAAGCCUUUAUUACAGUCAAAAUGUUGCAAGACAUCUGCAUCUGAAACUGAACCCAACAACCUAGCAAUUAGUAAUGUCCAUUUGACUGAACAUGAAACCAGUGCUGCCUCAAACUCUUGCAUUGGUCAACUAGAUGAGUCGACUGACAAGCUUGAUGAUGAUCUUGCAUCUGAUGAGCCUUCUACCAAACCCGAGCCUUUGCACUCUGAUGACCUUUCCUCAAGAGAAUUACCAGCAAAUUCUAAACUAGACUCUCUUGGAGAAGACGUACCUUCAAGUUCUGAUCCAGUCCUUGGAAAGGUUCUCUGCACUGUGAAGGAUCCCAAGAAUACUGAAAAUGUCUUGCUUGAGAGUGGUGUUUUCAAAAAGAAGAGUCGGGCCCCAUUGCCUUCUGCCAAAUCAGCAUCCGGCCAGCAACCAGAAGCUGCACUGAACUCAACUAAUCAACCCACCAUACAAGAUCAAGACAAGUCAUUAACUAUUAAUAGUAGCAAGUCAACUUCUUGUUUUACCGAAUCCCUGGUGAACUCAUCGUCAACCUCCAGUCAAGUUCUCACUCCUCUGAGAAUGGAAGCAGGUCAUGGGUCAGGGCACCGGUCUCUCCCGCCUGUCAGAGUGUCACCUAUUGAUGUUCAGCCCGUCGCUGGGCAGAAAAAUGGGAGUGAAAAUGAGAGAACAGGUGAUCCUGCCUUCAAACCCUGCAGGCCCCAUGCAGUGAAACCCCUGAGCACCACUGACAAGCAACCAGACCUCAGAGAGACCCAAGACUGUUCCAGAUCUGCUAAAAUUACAGAUGACAUGCAAGUCAAGAUGAAGGCCCCAGAGGCUAAAGGGACGGGGCCGUACUCCCAGCUAACCCAUGAAGAACUCAUUAACUUGUUGGAAAAGCAAAAGCAGCAGCUUUCUCAGAAGGACGCUAAGAUUGGGGAACUGGAGCUGUAUAUAGAUGAUCUUCUGGUUCGUGUCAUGGAGGACAGCCCCAACAUUUUAAUGUCCUUGAGCUCGAUGAAGAAGUCAGUUUGAGUACUUUUGUAGCAGACAGUUUUGUAUUUAAUGUGCACUGCAAUCACAAAUAUGGGGUGAACAACAGUACAAGGUUGUGGGUAAAUCACAGAGGCUUUCACUAAAGCCAGUAGCUAUAACUGCACACACACUAGUGCGCUGAAGAUAAGGGUGUAUACCUGAUGUCUCGCACUAAAUGGUGACGACAUGAAUUUUUGUUAUUUGGCUUACUUCAGUUUGUGACUGAUGCAUUCUUGUACAUGUUGAAAUAAAUCAUAUGUUAAGUAUUUUCUCCAAAGGUUUUUUACUAUCCGUUUUUUUCCAUUUGAAUUGCUAAUAUUCUUUGAUUAGUGUUAUAUAAUAUAUAUCAGAUAUAAUCUAUUCAAUAUCAUCUAUUCAAUAUUUUGGUCAAAGCGUUUGAUGGAUGCAACCCAUGUGUUAAGUAAACAAAAUAACACUACAUAUAUUCUUGAAAAAUCUUUUAUAUAAAUUACAAAGCUGUAUGAUAUUUUGUAGACAGAUCCCUGUAUUGAUACAUCAAUUUUCUUUUCAAUGGAGCACUUUAAAAGAAUCAGUUCAUCUAUAUAUAAUGGAUAUGUGAUAAUCUGUAUGUUAUGCCUUUUGUCAUGUAAGCUGAAAGCUUUAUUAUUCUCUGCUUUUGAAAUAAAGUCACAGGCAUGGCUCUGCAAAGGGCAACGUCACGA